GGCCCGGUUCCGGCCUCCCUGCAGGGCCGGGCAGGGGAGUCCGGGCUCCUCGCUCGGUGGCAGGCGGGCCUGGCUGCUCCCGGCCUGUUGGGACCUCCGGGGUCGAGGGGUGGCGCGAGGACCUCUCCACGCCCUUUCAGGAAACGCUGGGACCUCGGGCGCCCUCUCCCGCACCCACCCACGUGGGCGUGCCCGCCGCGGGGGCCACGGAGGCGGCGCUUGGCCCCCGGAGGGAGGGGCCGGGUCUCAGAGCGGGUGGCCGACUCUUCCCCGCUGGACCCCCGCAGAGUCGGCUUCACCACGGCCCCGGCCCCGGCCCUCGGCGGGACUGACCCGCGCCCCCGCCCCGCGCUCCGGGCCCCUCCUCCGAGGGCGGUCCCGACCCCAGCGCCGCUCCUGCCGCCGGCGAUGGCGGGGCCGGCGGGGGACGCGCCGGGGCCCCCCACGUCGCCGACCCUGGGCCAGCUGCGGGGCUACCGCGCCUACGCGCGCCGCUGGGUGUUCCUGCUGGUGGUCAGUCUGCUCAGCUGCUCCAACGCCACGCUGUGGCUCAGCUUCGCGCCCGUGGCAGACACCAUCGCCCAGUACUUCCUCCUGUCCACCGAGCAGGUCAACUGGCUCUCACUGGUCUACCUGGUGGUGGCCAUCCCGUCGGGCCUGGCCGCCAUCUGGAUGCUGGACUCAGUGGGGCUCCGCUGGGCGACCAUCCUGUGUGCGUGGCUGAACUUCGCCGGGAGCGUGCUCCGUAGCCUGCCCUCCAUGAUGAUUCGGACCCAGGCCCCGUUUGCCUUCCUCAUGGGUGGCCAGAGCCUCUGUGCCCUGGCCCAGACCCUGGUCAUCUUCUCUCCGGCCAAGCUGGCUGCCUUGUGGUUUCCUGAGCACCAGCGGGCCACGGCCAACAUGGUCGGCACCAUGGCAAACCCCCUGGGCAUCCUCCUGGCCAACGUGUUGUCUCCUGCUCUGGUGAAGAAGGAGGAUGGCGUCCCCAUAAUGCUGGGCGUCUACAUCAUCCCUGCCGGCCUCGCCUGCCUGCUGGCCACCGCCUGCCUCUGGGAGAGCGUGCCCCCCACCCCGCCCUCCGCGGGGGCUGCCCACUCCAACUCGGAGAAGUUCCUGGACGGGCUGAAGCUGCUCGCGAGGAACAAGGCCUACGCCGUCCUGGCCGUGUGCUUCGGGGGUGGCGUCGGCAUCUUCUCCAGCUUCUCGGCCCUCCUGGAGCAGGUCCUCUGCGUGAACGGCUACUCCAACGAGUUCGCAGGCCUCUGCGGGGCUCUCUUCAUCGUGUUUGGGAUCCUGGGGGCGCUGGCUCUCGGCCUGUACGUGGACCGGACCAAGCGCUUCACGGAAGCCAUCAAGAUCGGCUUCUGUCUGACCUCUUUGGUCUGCGUGGCCUUUGCCCUGGUGUCCCAGCUGCGGGGACAGACCGUCGCGCUGGCCGCCAUCUGCUCCCUGCUCGGGCUCUUUGGCUUCUCGGUGGCACCCAUCGCCAUGGAGCUAGCCGUGGAGUGCUCCUUCCCCGUGGGUGAGGGCGCGGCCGCGGGCCUGGUCUUCGUGGUGGGGCAGGCCGAGGGGGUGCUCAUCAUGGUGCUGCUGACGGCCCUGACUGUGCGCCGCUCGGAACCAUCCUUCUCCACCUGCCAGAGCGGCCAGGACCCCCUGGACUGGAAGGUGUCCAUGCUGACGAUGGCCGGCCUGUGUACCCUCCUGAGCUGCUGCCUGGUACUCCUCUUCCACACCCCCUACCGGCGCCUGCAGGCCGAGGCCCGCUCGAGGCCCUCCCUCCAGGACCUCAGGAGCCCGGCCGCGGACCACGCACCCCUCCAGCAGGCCCUCCCCCCGGCCCCGCGGGGGCACCCCCAGGUCCCUGGCAAGGACACUGCAGGGGCGGCUCAUUCCUAGAGCCUCCCUGGACGUGCAGGGGCCGAGAGGCAGCCCGUGGCGGGGAGGAGCCGGGAGAGGCGGCCCGUGGUGGGGAGGAGCCGGGAGAGGCGGCCCGUGGCGGGGAGGAGCCGGGAGAGGCGGCCGGGGCAGCAGCCGCUGCUCCCGGGCGGGUCCUGCAGGGGCACGAGGACUGCAGCAGGCAGUGCAGGUGCAAUGUAGGGGGCAUGGGUAAUGGGGAGCUGGACGGGCUGUGGGCCCCGAGGGCCCCCCGACGUCGGAGUCUGGAGUGCACGGGGGUGGGGGGGGCCUUCCUGGAAGGAGCCCAUCCCAGAGCCUCUCUCCGCCUCCAUUACCGAGUGACCAGACACCCAGCCUCAUGUUGACGGGUGGCCUGCGUGCUGAUGGGUGGUCCAGGCUGUUCUGGGGGGGGAGCACAUGGAGGGUCCCACAGGCCGAUGCCCCCCAGGCCCUCCUGCCCCAGGUGGACACGUCCCCUCCCCACAGACACUUGCAG